UUCCAGGGUUAUAUGAUCAUCCGCCUAGACUGCUUCUUUUUUUUUUUUACAACGAUAAUCUUUAUUGAGACAACUUUUAUUUCGAAAAUGAAAUAGAAUAGAUCUUUAUUGUCACUGUUACAGAAGACAAUGAAAAUUGGUUUGGCACUCUUCGAAUAGCAGCAUUGAAAAUAGACUAUAUUACACAUCCUAAAAAUAUAUCCAACAUAAAAGCAAAAAUUUUGGAAAGCACCGGGCCGCUGCAUCCGCACGCGCUGCCAUCUUGAGGUAAUCUGAUUCUUCUAAUUAACAUAAACGAACUCUUAAAUCUAAUAAUAGUGGGAUUAUUAGGUAACAAAUAAUAAUUGACAAUAAUAAAAUGGUUGAAAACCAUUUACUGUAAUGUGAAUUAAAGAGACAGGGUGACAAUUGAUGUAAAAUGUUGCAGGAAAUAUGUUAAAUUAUCAUAAAGUUCACAAAAGAUUUCAUGUUCAUGGUUAAUUUCUGGUCUUUAUUGUUCCACAAUAGGAAAUCAUUUUUGCUGCAUUAAAAAUAAAAAAACAGCAUUUUUCUGUCACUUGACUGUUAAAAAAGACAAAAAUAAAAUCCAAUCACAUUAAUUUAGAGAUGUAAUCCUCUGAGCCACCAGCAGUGGGAGCUGUUUGAGCAGUAGGAAGAAGGUUUUGAGGCUCCUGGUUGUCAGCUAAUCCUCUUAGCUCCUUCCUUAAGCCAUCGGCCUUCACAGAUCACACACUGCACACACCUCAGCAAGAGUGCAAGCCGCCACCAUGUACAAAAUGUACAACACGGAAUGGGACGAUGAGACGGACAACGACGACAAGAAUUCUCUCAACUCGUCUUUUUGGUCCGAUGGGGAGAAACCAGAGGAAGAGCAGGUAGAGAUUGAGAGAGUGAUUGAGUCCAAACCUGUCGGUGAAGCAGAGGAAGAUACUUCAGAGGAGGAAAAGCCUGAGCUAAACAAUGAGGGGAACUUCACCACAGAGAGUUUGGACGAGGAAAGAAAGGAUGAUACUGAGGAUGAGGAGGAAGAGAGAAAGGAAGAGGAUGGCGAUGAAAAAAGUUGUAGCAGCAGUCCAGAUAGUCCAGCACCAAGUCUGAUGACCUCUGGCUAUGGCACCUACAGAGCAGAGGAGCAGGAAGGAGGAGACUACAGAGACAACCACACCAUAACCGAGUUUGACCAAGACAGUCGGGGGGAUCUGUCUGAGAUGAGAGAUGAUGAAGAUGAUGAUCAGUCACUUGGUGGCUUUGGCGAGUUUGAUACUGAACCUACACAUGAGCCAGACUUCAGGGAGUCUCCGUUGUGUGUAUUAGAGGACAACAGCCUUGUAGCUAACGUAGCAUGUUGUGUAGAAGGUGGUCCGCUUGAAGAGAUUGGCGUCACUGACAUGAAACCAGAGGAUGAGGAAGAGCAGGCAGAUGAGGAGAAAAGUGAAGAAGAUCCGCACCCAGCAUCUGACAAUGAAAUGACAAAUGCAACAGAGAAACCUCACGCUGCUGAGACUGAAGACAGGCUUCUGCUGAAUGAGAAGCAUUUGGAAGAAGGUCUUAAUGAGGCUGAAAAACAAGAAGUGGUGCAGGACCUUCAUCAGCUGAACAGUGCGGAGACAGAAGUUGAGGACAAAGUGGAAUCUGAAGAUCCAGACGAGUCUUCAAGCAACAAAAACAUCAAGUUCAUCGACUCCAAAGUGGGUUUCAGCUGGAGGACAUGUGAUAGGAUGUGUGUGGAGUGGGAAGGAAACCUCAGACAGAAAAAGGACGUAGCGAGCUGUCUGGAAGAACAACUGGCUGAUCUUCAUUUAUCCACAGCAGCUCAACGGGAGACUGAGGCAGAAAGUGAAGAUGGAAGCGAUCAGAGCGACUCCCAGAGCUCUGAGAGUGACGCCAUCUCUUUGAGCGCCUUUGAAUCCUACAUUAGAGGGAUGAGUGAUGCUGCCUUCAGGCCCAAACCAAAAUCCUUCAUCCGACCAGUGAUGAGUCAACAGUCCAUUAAGAAGACUGACCCAGUGUCCAAGUAUUUCGAAUACAAACAAUUCUGGGAAAUGUUCAAACUUCCAGGAGAGAGGGACAGGAGAGCUCUCCGCUGGGAGAUAAAGGAACAACUGGCGUACCAGCCUCCACCACCGAAACCUCGGAGAGUUUAUCUGCCCAACACUUACGUCGUGCCUACAGAGAAGAAGCGCUCAGCACUCCGCUGGGAGAUCAGGAACGAUUUAGCCAACGGGCUGCUUCCCCACAAGUUCAAUUAUCGAUUUUAGGCCUUACACUUUUUUUAGACAUUUUUAUUACAAUUUUGCAGUGUUUUCUAUGAAUAGAAUUAUUUAUGGAUGACUUUUUGGUUGUUCUACAUAAUAAACACAAAAAAACA